GCAGCGCUGCUGCGAUUGUCUCCGGCAAAGCACUGGCAGUCCGGCAGGAACGUCCUCUUUGCAAUUUCUCCGAGACCUGCAGAUGAGGAUGCACAUGCUGCGCCAUGCGGAGAAAUAUGCAUUCGCCAUCCUUUGGCACAAGCCACCUUCACCUGGCGCUGUUGUUUUCGGAUCAUCGAGUUCCAUUGCAAAGUGGUCGAUGCACAGACCACGAAGAAAAUGCUCCCAGCCUUCCUGAGGACGGUCAACAAUGUUGCGGAGUGCAGGCGGACCAAAGCUCACCACGAUGUGGAUGCGAUCUUCUUGUGUGAGGCAGCGCAACGCUGCCGAGCUUCCGAAGUGAAGUAUUUCCGGGGAGCCACCACCGAUGUCGUGCACGCAGACCAUGUCUUUGCGAUCUUCGCGAACGUCUGUCGCAUCUCGUUCCAGUGUGGCAUCUUGUGCCCAGCUGCGAUGGAUGCGUAUCUGCAUCUGGACACACCA